GUUAGCAGUAUCCGUGACUGCAAUGGCACGAACGACCAGAAACCCUCUCGUGCUGCUGACGUCGCUCGGCAGCAGCACGACCACUGCGACGGCGGUGCCCACCGCCGCUACCGUCACAGUUGCCAAGCAAAGUGCCAACAACAAACGGCCUACACCCAUCAUCAUUUAUCCGACCGUGACUCCGGAAUCAAUAGUGGUGCCGAUUGUGUCAUGCAUAUUCGGUUUUCCAUUACUGGCAUUGACCGUUAUAUGUUGCCUUCGUAGAAGAGCGAAACUUGCUAGAGAACGAGCUCGACGCAGGAACUGCGACUUGGAUCGCGGCGAGCUGUCAGUGGUGCGCCUGUCACCUGUGAAAGCGCGUGCGCGCGCGGUCAGUCUGGCGCGGACCUCGCGUCCGCUGCCGUCCCUCGAGCUGGACACCGUGCUAGAGGAGCGCUCCGACCCUGAGCAGACGACGCUGUCGCAAGUGGAGAUGACUCCAGACCGUGAAGUGGGCGCGAUCCUAUUCGGCGCGGUGGGCGCAAUGGGCACGGCGGCGGCGACGGCGGCGGCCGCGUGUGCGCGCGACAGCUAGCGCCGGGGCUCAGCGCAGCUCGGCGCGCGCUCGCCGCUCUGGGCCGCGCUGACCAGCCAGCCACUGGACGCCGACGACCCCGACGCCGAUGACCCGGACGCGGACGACCCCGAACUGGAGAUUGACGAGCCCAGCUAGCAACUGGACGAGCGCUCGGUGGCUGACAUCGGCGAGCAUAUCAAACUCUUCCUGGACAUUCCCCUUAGAUUUUAGUGAAUAUCAGCCGCAUAUCCGCAGCCUAUCAAUGUUAGUGUAAAUGGAGCUUUCUUAGACGGGCCGUUGUACUCAUAACUUGCAGAGAACUCCGCUUUGCGUAAUCUGCAUAAUAAAGUGUGAAUUUAAGACCUGCAACAUAUAAUCUCACUUCAUUGGUUGAAGAUAGAUGGGAGUGCUCGGUUAGCGAUGAAAUUUAAGUCCAACUAUAGUCUACGUAGUUCAAUAAGCUUUAAUCUAGACCGACGCUAUGUUCUUGUCAUAAUAGUUGGUCUUUUACUUUUCUUGGCUCGUAAACAUUUGUAAUCUUGGCACGUACCUAUAAAUUUGUUAGAGGUUGUCAUUGUUUAUACAAACAUAUUACAUUCGUUAGUUAUUCAGUAUAUAUAUCUAUAUAUUACAGGUUUUAAUUAAUAAUGCACACAUAUGAUAUUAGGUAAGUAUAUAUGUUAGGUACACUCAUAGUUAGUUAAAAAUGUAGGUAUUUGUUAUUGUUUUAAAUUGUCGAAAGUUAAUUAAAUAAUCUGCAGUUAUAGUAACUAUAGGUAUAAAUGUACAGUAGGUUCUAUAAUUAUUAAUAAGGAAAUGUUUUAUACUCGUAGUAGAAGUCCCAAGACCAACUAUAAACUUAUGAGAUGAGCUGUAAAAAUUAACUAGUUUCCCAUGUUUGUAACUAUCUUAACAUAAACUUUAAUUGUUUACUUAUGUGGCGCGUACCACCACACAAAGUUUGAGGUGCUUAGUAUUUUAGCAUGGAAAUAUUCUCACUAUAUAUUUUGAAUGUACAUAUUAAUUAAUU